AUGUUUUCGCGCCGAUUGCUACGUGGUAUACGAUGGCAUUCGACACACGACGGGCCAGUGGUUUCGGAAACGAAUCGCUCGGAAGCCACUUUGAAACGUUUCUGGAAAACAGUUUCCGUUGGAAGACAAGACAAUUCCUACACAGUCCUGCUCGAUAACCGGCCGUUAAAAACACCCUCAGGAAAUUUGCUGCUGCUGCCACCCAAAAAGUCUCUAGUUGCUACCCUUGUUGCUGCUGAAUGGGAUAACCAAGAUACCGUCUUGAAGCAUCAUGCUCUUCCUAUGACCUCAUUGGUUUCGAGAGCAAUUGAUUCCAUGGCUGAUGAUGCUACGAGUGAGCAGGUUCGAAAAGCUCUGUUGCAGUAUCUGGACACAGAUACGAUAUGUUUCCAUGAAGACUACCCUCAACAACUUGUCGACCUCCAAGCAAAACACUGGGACCCUCUUUUGGCUUGGGCAAGAUCUACAUUUGGCAUUGAGCUCAAGACGUUUGAUUCUGUGUUGUUCAACUCGCAACCCGAGGCAACUAAAUUGAAACUCGACGAGGUCAUGUCUUCCUUGAAUCAGUGGGAGCUUGCGGGUAAUCUACAGUCGAUUUUGCCGUGUUACUUCUUACAAAUACCACGUCCAGGCAUGGAACGAGCAACUUAUACGACCAAGUCAGUGUUGAUUGCUCUUGCACUUGUGAAGGGACAUCUAUCGGUCGAACAAGCAUCUCUUGCGUCGCAAGUCGAGGUCGCCAGCCAAAUUGCUCGAUGGGGCGAAGUAGAAGACACCCACGAUGUUGAUUUUCAUGAUGUGAGGAGACAACUUGGUAGUGUGGCGUGUCUGCUAUCGUCUAUCUGA